AUUUGGAAACAGCCGGAGCCGAUCUGAUCAUUACCUCUACUACCCUACCAAAACCAUUUACCCAAUGCGGCCAAUUCACAGUCAUCGCUGGGUCGCAAAUUGACCCGUAUAAGCAGUAGAAGUGCGUACUAGGACUCGACCGUCAUCUUCUGGAACCUCGUGUAGGUCGACUGGAGUGUAGGUAACCCCAAACCAACUGAUUAUCCACGCAUUCAUGUGGGAUCAAGUUAAAUGCAACGCCCCCAAAAAUGCAACGAGGCUGAACGCACACACCGUCAUUUCCCUGUCGAUCCAAAGUUUGACAUCUGUCGUCGAGAAAACAAACGUCGCACCAACGCGACCAGAUCGUCGUUAAUGUCGGUCCAUGAUCUAUGGCGGAGGCGAGCCAUGCUGACAGAGAUUGCAACACGUUCCGACGAGCAACGUAAGUCACGCCGUCACAUGGAACAAAAAGUCUGCCGGCGCAGGCAGGGCCGGCGCCUUGCUACGGACUGGCCAACUGGCGCUAAUCACAUCGUGAGAGUACAUGUCCCUGAGUACCUAGGUAGGCACUUGAAUCUAGCCGAGACGCCUACCUCCUUCCACUGUUUAUCAGCCGUACUACGUAAUGUCAUUUUCGUCUUCUUCAGAACCUCAAGGCUUGCUGUGUCCACGCCGGAGAACCCCUGGCUGGCCUGCGACGUGCGCCUCCCCGACCCUCUCCAUAUCGGCACGUUGCUGUUGCAUGCCAGACUCAGGGGUAUACUCCUUCCCGAACUGAAGACUUCUGGUUCGGGCCAUGACUCGGUCCGACACUGGCACGACCGUCGCCUCUCAUUUCUUCGUCGUACAAUCCAUAGCCCUAAGCAGGAAGAGGUCGUUUCGGCAGCCGGCCGUUGAUGGCAGGAGAGGCACAUGCAUUUGUUCUUGCGAUGGUUGAGUGUUGCGAAUCGAUAUGUUGAUUGACACCAUGUUACGCCGGCAGAAAAGGGAGAGUUCGGGUCAUCGAGAUAUGGAGUUAUCUGUUGUCAUUGUCUCUAUCCUUCUCUUUCUCCCUAUGCGCGUCCCCAUUUCCACAGCUUCAACAC